AUUUUGUUGUGUAGUAGUACGUGCAAGUGAGGCGGGGAGUUUGUUCGGAGUGUAGUGCGUGAAAUUCUGAACUUUCUUUCUUUUUAGUAGUGAAGGGGAAUAUUUCCCCCUAAGAUUAUGAUUUCUAGGAAAAACCUCUUUGAAAUGUUUGCCGUGUUGUGCUAUUGCUUGUUUAGCUUCAGCCAGUUUCUGCAUGAAGUAAAGGCGGCUGAUGUGCCAGCGGCUCAUUUUGAGCCGCAGGUGGCGAUGCUGUGUGACAGCAAGGGUGAUCAGCCGUACCGCAGCCAGUACAUGACAGAGGGUGGACAUUGGGCUACAGACCUCGUACACAAAGUUACCUGUUACAAAGAGAAACUGGACAUCCUUGAAUACUGCAAAAAGGUGUACCCCAAGCACGACAUCACCAACAUCGUGGAGUCAUCACACUUUGUCAAGGUGUCCAACUGGUGCCGCAUCGGUCACUCCAAGUGCAAGCACACUGACUGGGUCAAGCCCUAUCGAUGUCUAGAAGGCCCGUUCCAGAGUGACGCUCUGCUGGUCCCAGAGAACUGUUUGUUUGAUCACAUCCACAACCAGACUCGGUGCUGGGAGUUUGACCGCUGGAACCAGACUGCUGCGCAGAGUUGUCAGGACAGAGACCUCAGUCUGCGCUCCUUCGCCAUGCUGCUGCCCUGCGGAAUAUCACUGUUCAGUGGAGUGGAGUUUGUCUGCUGUCCAACCAAAGAUAAAGUAACAAUGAAGAAAGUCCUUCCACCAGCUCUGCCGGAUGUGUUUGACAAUGUUGAUGACGGUGACGACACUCUGGAUGAUGAAGCCGAUGAUGACAUUGACGAUGAUGAUGACGACGAUGAUGACGAUGACUACGACAGCUACGAUGACAACAGUAUGACUGUGAGCUCCAGCAGCACAAGUACCACAACAAGCACCACCACGACGGUCCCGCCACGUCCUACGACAGGUCUGCCAACCCCGGACCCGUACUUCACACACUUUGACCCUCGUCAGGAACACCGAGCCUACAAGGAGGCGCAGCAGAGAUUGGAAGAGAUGCAUAGGGAGAAAGUCACUAAGGUGAUGAAGGACUGGUCAGAUCUGGAGGAGAGAUAUCAAGACAUGAGGACCAGCGACCCUCACAUGGCCGAGCAGUUCAAACAGAGGAUGACUCUCAGGUUCCAACAGACAGUGCAGAGUCUUGAGGAGGAAGGAGCAGCGGAGAAGCAUCAGCUGGUGGCAAUGCAUCAACAGCGAGUGAUGGCUCACAUCAACCAGCGCAAGAAGGAGGCCAUGAUGUGCUACACUCAGGCACUCAAUGACAGCCCACCCAACACACACAGAGUACAGAAGUGUCUACAGAAGUUGUUGAGGUCGCUGCACAAGGACCGUCAUCACACCAUCUCCCACUACCGCCACCUGCUGGGCUCCAGUCUGGAGCAGGCUGAGAGAGAGAAGGCCAUCACCCUGGAACACCUGGUGGACAUUGACCACACAGUCAACCAGUCCCUGCAGAUGCUGCAGAGAUACCCAGAACUGUCUGCCAAGAUCUCCCAGCUGAUGCAGGACUACAUACAGGCUCUCCGCAGCAAAGACGACACGCCAGGCUCUCUACUGUCCAUGACACGUGACGCUGAGGCUGCCAUCCUGGACAAGUACCGGGCAGAGGUCACAGCCAUGCAGCAAGACAAAGAGCGUGAACGUGUGUUGGAGAAGCAGCGCAAGGAGUUGCACAAGCGGGAACGAGUGGAGUUGCGUGAGGAGAAGGCCCGAGCUCUGGAGAGUGAAGCGGAGGGAGAGACAGAAGGGGAAGGCAGCACAACUGCCACUGCUGCUCCACAGCCCCCUGCAGUAGCUGCCCCUGCAGUUCUUACGCAGCCACGAGUGUCCAACGUGAUGGCGCACGACAUCAGUCACCGCGAGCCCGUCAGUCACACCUACUCGGUGAGGAGGGAAGUUUACCAUCGUGAGACCAAGAGUGUGUACUUCACUCUGGCGUUUGCUGGCAUCGCUCUCAUGGCCGCUAUUGUCAUUGGCGUGGCAGUCCUGCGCCGCCGCAAUGCUCGCUCUCCUCAGAAUCAGGGUUUUGUGGAGGUAGACCAGGCAGCAACACCUGAGGAGCGCCAUGUUGCUAACAUGCAGAUCAACGGAUACGAGAAUCCUACAUACAAGUACUUUGAAGUCAAGGAGUAAUAGGUCCAGUGUGCAGGCGUUACCACUCAGCCAUAUGUAUAUUUUGUACCUCCGUUUGCCGUUAGUCUAGAAGAGAUCAUAUUAUGAGGGUCAUAUUUUGAUAUCUAACGCUGCAUAGAGGAACAGUAAUACUUUUUUGUGCCAUACCAUCGGAAUCUCAAUUUGAUGACUCAAGAAUUUUGUUAACUUUAGUUUACUAAUACGAUCAGUAUUUAUAUGUAGCUAACAUUACUAAGUAUACUUUUUUUACUUUUAUAUUAUAUUUUGGUUUUACAAUUUUUAGCAUUUGAUCCAAAUGUGACAUAUUUAUGUUUAAGAUUAUUUUCUAAAGUAUUUUUAUUUUGUAUUAAGGUUUAUUACCGUUGUACAAGUAACUGUAAAGUAGCAUUACAACGCCUAUGAUGCAGCUUGCAAUACUCAUUAUCAAAUUAACAUGACAAAAGUGGUAACUACCGAGGCCGAGGCGGUGUUCCUCUAUUCAGCCUCCUGUUGUACAAUGCCGAGUGUUUCUAGUUGUGUUCUGUCGUAGUGUUGGGUGUUGCUUUCCUCUCUGUUCAUGUUAGUAUAGGCAGCAUAUCGUAUAAACUGUAAUAUACCACUGUAUGUAUCUAUGUCGGGAGCUGACCGUUUGUAAGCUUAUCCUCUUAGAGUAUAUUUUCUCUCACGUUUUCUUUUAUAAGUAAUUUUUCCUACUGUUAAGGCAGCUUGAGAUCAACAAUGUGAUUAUUUUUAUAGUGUUUGUCCCAAAUUGAUUAGUUUGUAGAAUCCUCUGUGGAUUUUUUCAGCGGUUUGAAUUGCCGCACACAAUAACUAUUGUAAACUGACCGGUGUCAGGUCUGGGUCCCGGGAGGAGAUUGCGGCACAAGACUUAUGAGGAAAACUCCAGGAGAGUUGUGUAAUGUUGAGGGGAUCCGAGAUCACUCUAUAGGUUAACGCUUUCUUUUAGAUUAGCUUUAAGUAUGCACUGUAAGAUGUAUGAAAGUCACUUAAUGUUCGAGUCUUUUUAAUUUUAAUUAUUGACGUUUAACCCUUUUUGGUUAGUUUGAUUAACAGCAACCUCUAAUAUUCUAAAUAAAAGUUAUCUCCGCUGAUGGAAUUUUUAAGCGUUGUUUUAAUAAUUUUAAGAGACGUUAAAUUUUUAAAAAGUACUAAAUAUCGAUUUGUUUCACUACAAAGUAUUCAGUAUUACCUUAUAUUUAAAGAUGCAAUAUUUGCAAAGAGAUUUGUACUCCAAUUUAAAUAUAUAUAUCAAUUUUAGUGUGUAGUCUCGAUAUGUAAAUAGUACGUUUUUCAGGCAUUCCACUAGCUUCUCUUACAUUCCGAUUUGUACAAGAAUCAGUCUUUGACACUGGCGCCAUGUCCUGGUACAAUGUCCUAUCUCGCACGUAACCGUAAACGUACACCCUCUGUGACCGUAACCGUUCUCACGUUGUUAGGAUCUAGGCUACGUGUUAGCAUGAUGGCAUUUUGUAACCGUCAACUAAAAUGUCCACUAGUUAUGUCCAGGAGAGAUUGUAUUUCUUGAUAUUUUAAUUACUGUAAUUUAUUUAUUAAAAUAAAUAAUGAUAUUAGUA